GACCCGCACGCAUGCGCACUGGCGAAGCGACCCUCGUCUCGUGAGCCCGAAUAAGCUUAGUAAAUCAUUCUUUGAGAAAAACAAACCGAGUUUGAUUUCAUGCAUGUAACUUAAUAAUAUUGUAAUUGCUUUUACAAAACACAAGUAAUAGUCGCGCUGGACUGAGGCGUUUGCUCCAGCAAGAGAGUUAUUUAACAAGGUAUUGUGUUGCCAACGAGUCAUUAGAAUAAGGUGGACACAAUACAAGAGCGACUCGAGUUACAGAGAACAGACAGUAAACACGAGAUCGGCCAGUACUAAUAGUCCUAGUCUACUUGCACGUAUCUGGAGGCUUGAUAACGUGGCACACAUCUCGCCAAGAUGGAGUUUGCUGCGAUUCUUGCGCUAUCAGUAUUAAUAGGUGCGCUGGUUAUUUUAGUGGCCGUGGCUGUUGGCAGACAGAAAAGUGAACUAUCUGAGCAGAAUGAACAGAACAAAGACGCAGAUGCACCAGUGGAGGAAAAUGCAGCUAAAGCACCUUCCAAAAAGCAGAAGCAUCAACAGCGCCCCCGUAAGGAGAGACCGCAACAGCACACAUUCACACACCAACUGCUGGCUUCUGUUCUAAAGAGUCACAGUGGCAAUGUGACCUGCCUGGAUUUUAGUAGCAAUGGUAAAUACCUUGUGUCUUGCGCAGAUGAUCGUACCAUCAGGAUCUGGAGCACCAAAGACUUCCUGGAGCGAGAUCACAAAAGCUUGCGGGCCAACGUAGAGUUUGACCAUGCCACGUUCGUCCGGUUUAGCCCUGACUCUCGAGCCUUCAUCACUUGGCUGGCAAACGGAGAAACCAUUCGCAUCUAUAAAAUGAUUAAAAAGGAGGAUGGGACAUUCAAUUUUAAAGCUGCUCCAGAAGAUUUUCCACAGAAGCACAAGGGGAUUGUUGUUAACAUUGGAAUUGCAGAGACAGGUAAAUUUAUUAUGUCUGCCUCUGUUGACACCACCAUUGUGAUCUGGGAUCUGAAGGGAGAGGUUUUAGCUACUAUCAACACUAAUCAGAUGACCAACUCGCAUGUUGCUAUUUCACCAUGUGGCAGAUUUGUUGCUUCCUGUGGUUUUACCCCGGACGUGAAGGUGUGGGAGGUCUGCUUUGGGAAAAGUGGGGAGUUCAAAGAGGUUGCUCGUGCGUUUGACCUUAAGGGACACUCGGCUGGCGUUUACGCCUUUGAUUUCUCCAAUGACUCCCGCAGAAUGGUGACCGUGUCUAAAGAUGGGACGUGGAAGCUGUGGGACACCGAUGUGGAGUACAAGAAACAGCAGGAUCCAUACUUGCUCCGGACUGUACCAUGCCAGGUGUCAGAGGGGAGCCGCAUAGCCCUGUCUCCUGAUGGUCGCGUAGUAGCCAUAUCAAACGGUUGUGAUAUAGGCAUGUACAACGCCACCACUGGUGAAUUAGAGGAAGAGUUCCAUAGUGUUCACAGCGAAGAGAUAACCAACCUUAAGUUUGACAUAAACAACCGUUUCCUAGUGAGUAGUGGGGACCGUGCCAUUUGUGUCUUUCACAAUGUAACCGGUUACCGUGCUGCCAUCCAGGACAUGCAGGUCAUGUUGAAGAAAGCCUCAAAUGAAGGAAUGAGACAGAGACUCCAGCAGCAGAUUGUGGAUGCUCAGACGGCUCUGGACACAGUGCUUAACGCACCAAAGAACUAAAGGUUGCUUUGUGAACAACUCACACUGCCUCUGUUGACUGGGAUGCCAGUCUGUUCUCAGUUUCAAAAUUAAGUGGCUUUGGCAUGCUGAUUUUAACAAAUAAAUCCAAGUUUUUAUAA